GUGUUAACAUCAAUUUUUAUGCAGUGAAUAGUUAAUAGUUUUUUAAUACUUCCAGGCCACGAUUUCUCUACGACGCCGUUGCGAUCACCGUUGCGCGCGCAGUGUUGAAAAGUGUGUUUGAAAUAUUAACGCUUUGUUUUUUCGGUACAGCGUCGGUCUUCAGCUGCUCGAAUUUUUCUUAAUUACUUCUGUUUAUUAAUUCUGAUUUCCUCGUGGCCAAUUGGGCAUAGCAUAUACUUAGUCAUGGACGAUUCGCGCAGAUCGAUGGCGGGCAAGCAGAUCGAUUCCCGGUGCUCAACGAUGGCGACCAACGAUGAGAGCGUCUCCAUGUAUUUAUCCUUUGACGCGGAGGACACUCUGUCCAAUGCCAAGUGGCAGUCGGCGCUGGUCACCCAGAGCAGCCAGUUCCUGGAGGUGCAUACCAGCAAGAUGGAGGUACAGACAGAUGACAAGGACCUCAGGCGCACUGUCCUGAAGGAUCUACAGCAGUUGACCAUCGGAGAACCGGAACAAAAUUCGCCACUUCGUCCAUUUGACAAGAGCAUUCUCAACCGGCACAACGCCUUGUGCUCCACUCCCUCCAAGGACAAUGCCUCUGCAGACACGCAGCCACCACAGAUAUUGAACAUGGAUCUGACCCAAAUUGACGACAAGGAGAAUACCCACCCGGAGGGAGAUAAUCACACUGGUGGCGAUAACUCGACAUUGUCCAGUUCGGUGGACGUGACCGCCAAUACGGUCAAGGCCAAUACCCUAAAAACCGACGACGCUACCAUGGACAAUGUAUCCUUGCAGGAGGCUCCCAAGACCCCAGCUCCAAGCCAAAUCUAUCCCUUGAGUGCAAAUGUAGUGCUAGAGAAUAUAACCGAAGUAUCCAACGAAGGAGUAUCCAUGCUCGUCUCGCCCGGAGAGGGUGAAAAAAAGGUCGCCCAGGUCAACGAGGUAGUGAACGAAGUCUCCGAGCUGAUUGCCAAAGCUCUGAAGAUCUCCGCUGAUUCUGUGAAGCCAUCAGCCUCCAAAUUGAAAGUCGAGGUGGGCAAGAAGAGGCAGUCUAUGACCUCCGCUUAUUCGGGGGCCCUACCGCGCCCUCGUCGCUCCUUACUGCCAACCACUACUACAGAGACGCGCACCUACUCCUUCAAGCAACGUAUGUCGGUGGUGGUCAAGACUACGCUCAACAGCCCAGCUCGCAAGCUGAGUGUCGGCGGCGGUCUGGCGGUAAGCCGCCGCAGCUGCUUGCCCGUCUCCAAGCUAACAAAGGGCAGCAACAGAAAGUCGCUCGCUGCGUCCAGCGGGCGUACGCCCGAGAAGAUCACCUCAAAGCCGGUCAAGUUAUCGACAAGAAGCAUUCCAGACACGAUCUUUAACUGCAAGCAUUGUGGCGCAACCUUUCGAGUGAAGUCACUGCUUGAUAUGCAUAUGCGUAUGCACGACCUGGUUGACAACGGACCCAAGACCCUAAAGCGUCAGAACACCCAUCUGGUUGCUGCGGGAGUAUCGAAGAAUCGCUGCAAAUUCUGCGAUAAGAACUUCGCACUGGAACGUGCUUUGCACAUCCAUCUAAUGCAGAACUGCGACAAGAUACCGCCGUCCGAGAAGCGCAAGCUGCAGUUCACCGAGCUGAACCACGAAAAGAAGGCCCAGCUGCCAAAGAUCGGUGUCACCAGUGGGACAAACCAGCCCAUUACAAUGCCCCAGAAGCCACAGCAACGAAUGAGCACCAUUCCAAAAUGGGCUCCCUCGAACGGAACCCAGUCCAUGGCUCCACCGAGCGUAAAGAAAGUUCCCAAGAGCGUUGCACAUGCAGGUGUCUACCGCACUCCCACAAAGACUGUGCCCUGCCACAUCUGCAAGCAGUCCUUCAAGAGCAUACUUGAGUUUACAAACCACAGCCUGACAGUGCAUGGAAAAAACCAGCUAAAAGACCAGAAGAUGACCGCCGUAGAGGACGCACAGAGUGCUCAGGAUUAAAUCAAACGAUUCGUGUGUAGCCUAGUCUAUGUCUAAGUUAAAUGUACUUUAAUCUCUCCCAGUUUAAAUGCACGUUUACGUAAUCA